AUGGAGCCCUUGAGCGUCCCAGCUACUCCAGGUCGAGAGACAUUCACAGAUGCACAUCACGUCAUAGGCAACUAUGCUUUUGAGCUGUCGCCAGCUCUUGGAGUCACUUCUACCCACUUUGCUGACUCUGUGGAGUUUCUUGGAGGACUUGGGGAGCUCGGAGAUGUUGUUUGCUGGAGUGACAAUGUGGACCAUUGCAUCUCCUACCUUAACAAGGAACUUGUAACACUGGGGUUCCCUGCCCUCUAUAAGGAUGAUGGUUCUGGAGAUGGUGUUGAGCAUGGCUUUGACCUACUGGCGUUGGUCAACAGCACUACCCAGCUGCUACGCCUCUACCAAGAAGUGACCACUAAACUGGCUGACAUGGAAGCGGAGGAGAUGCGGCGGGCUGGAGAGCUGGAUUAUCUGAGGGCACGACAUGGAAAGCUCAAGGACCAGGUGGAAGGUUGCGAAAAAGAAAUUUCUGCCAUAAAGAACAAGGAGCAGCAACUUCAGACCAAGAAUGAGCAGCUGUGUGGCCUGUUGAAGGAAGAAAAGAAUGAGAUCACCAAGCUCCAGAAUUCCCUCGCAAACCAAAAGCACCAGCACCUUCAUGAAAUGAAGAGGAAAGAGCAAGAGCUGUUCCGGCUGAAAGAAAAAAUGAACCAGCUGCUGACGGAGAGGAGGGACAAGAGAGGAACAAUUGAUAUCCUCAAUGUCCUCCCCCGGCCUGAUGGGAAGAGGACAACAUGGAAAACUGGAAAAUCUCUUGGGAGAAAGGAGGAAGAGCUCUUCCGGACUCAGUUGGCCAAGCAGGAACGGCGGGAGCAGACCUUGGCUUUAGAGAAUGCCAAGCUGAAGCAGCUGUUGAAAGAAGUGGGCCAGGAUAUGGAGCAGCUGUUGAGCAAGGAUGUGAGCCAAGCCCAGGGCAUGGAGCAAAGCUCUCCAUACGAGGUCUUCCAAGAACAGUGGUGCAGCCUCAGAAAUCACCUGAAGACCCUUGGUUACCAAGGGGCCUCUUGUAUCUUUCCUUCCACAGCUGUGAUGACUGAUGGCUCCCGAUUUUCAAAGGGCGAGGGGCAAGACCCUGUCAUCAGCGGAACAGACCAUGACAAAGAAAUAAUAAAGCUAAAGAGAGAGAUUGAAGAGAGCAGGGCUCAGAUGGCACAGCUGCAGCAGUGUUUCCAGGAGCAAUUGACUUCUGCCAUCAGCUCAGAGCUCCCAGAGCACCUGAAGGGAUCUUACUUCCUGGAGGAAGAGCAAAGGCUACUGGAGGAGCGGGACAUGUUUAAGGAGCAGAAGAAGGCAUUUGAAAUUGAGCGCGAAAACUUCACUGAAGCAGCCAUUCGGCUAGGAUGGGAGAGAAAGCAAUUUGAGGAGCAAAAAGCCCUUCUCCUGAAGGAAGAAUUCUUCCGUUCAUUGCCAAGGACAGAGAGAAAAGAUCCAAACCGAAGGUUUUCAGCCCCUGUGACUAUCAGAGAGGAAGAAGAACAUGGACAUUGUCUUGAGAUUCAGCUAUGCACCUGUACUGAGAAGAUGCAGGAGGCCAUGGUGGGCAACUCUUGCUAA